UAGAACUACGCAACACCGUAUGCCAGGCAAUAAUCCUCAGCAGCGCGGCCGAGCGCCGAAAUCGGAGAUGGUCGAGUUGCUUAAGCGAGCGGGACUGUGCCUGCCCCCAGUUCCGGACACCUGGCAACCGGUCAAUCUGGGAAUCGCUCGACUGAGAUGCGCGUGGUGUACAUAAUUGGUCACUGCAAAAAGUUGGAAAUACACGCAUCCUGAAAGCCCCCCAUAAUCUCUUCUCGAAAUGCCCGGACUCAACGCCACGACAUACAGCACCAUCGUCAUCCAGCACGAUAAUGCCGAUGGAUUUCUCAAAUGCACAUAUCCUACUCUGUGCCGUCGCGAAGUCAGUGCUGAGACCGCACUUGGCGUUCUCCCCUUAUGGUCCGACUCGGAUUCGCAGAGGUUUCUCCAGAACCUCGAGCGUUCGAGUUCCUCCCCACAUCGGAAUGACGCACUCGACCUCGUCCUUUCCUGCCUCAACUGGUCCUUGGGCGACUAUCCCAUCUUCCUCUGGACGCCCCGGCGACCCGGCGCUCUCCCUUCUGACUGGCUCGCCCCCCGCAUCACUCAGUUGACCGAGCACCUACGGAUGUGCCGGGAACCUCUCUAUGCAGCCCACUUCUCUUACUGCGAACCGAGCAUCUACCAGGCCUCGAACGCGCAACUGCCGCAGGGGCAUGCGCUGCGAAAAGCGAAGCCUCGCGAUCUGGAAGCAGUUGCACGACUGUGCAAGGAAUUUGCCGAUGAUAGUGUGUUCUUUCCGCUGUCGAUUGAACGGGCGAGGAUAGAAGCACGCGAACUCAUUAUGAAAGCCCAGGUUUGGGUAUACGACGCCGAUGGUGACAUCGCCACCAUAUGCGCUGUCACGCGUAACUCGCAGCGCGUGUCUGCCAUCACAAAAGUGUACACUACACCCGCCUGGCGCAGACACGGAUGCGCCGAGUUUCUCGUGCGUGAAGUCACCGGGAGGCUAUUUGAUUGCGGCAGAGAUUGCGUAGUCCUGUACGUUGGACAUGAUAACACCGCACAGCGCGUCUACGAUCGGGUCGGGUACGCCGGUUUGUGCGGCAAAGACAAGUCUGAGCGCAUCGAGGACUCUCUCGAACUCGGGUUGUCGGGACUCAUAGAGGACACUGUCACACACGGUUAUUUAUAAGCCCCUCCAUCGAAACAAUGAAUAGACUAUCUUGAUUCGCCAU